AUGGUCACUGAGCAAGUGUUGGCCUACGUCUGUAGGACUUUGGGUGAUCGUCACGUCUACCUCGAAGCUUCUUUGUUGAACAAGGUCAGCCACGAAGAAAUCGGUUUGGCUACAGUCACAGCUCUUCGCCGAGGAGUCCCAGCUGUUGUCCCCAGUAUCACAUUCCUUUCUGGUGAUCAAUCCGAACUGGAUGCAACGAUAUAA